AUGUCGACAGCACCCGAGUUCAACUCAUCCCAGCCUGCUGGAGGCAACCCUCUUGAGGUUGAUGUCAAUGCUCAAUAUGCAGGUCUUGAAUUUCACUAUGUCUACCUCAUGGUCUGCGCUUUCCUCGUAUACCUGAUCAUCCCUGGUAUCGGUUUGCUCUAUGGAGGUCUCGCGCACAAGAAGAGUGGUCUUUCGUUGCUCUUCCAGAGUAUGCUUGUCGGAGCGAUCGUCACAUUUCAAUGGAUGUUCUGGGGCUAUUCGCUUGCCUUUUCUCGCACCGCUGGCCCCUUCAUCGGAGACAUGGCCAACUUUGGUCUGAGAAAUGUUGCUGCUGCACCCUCGCCUGGCAGUGCUGUGCUCCCCGAGAUCGUCUUCUGCCUUUACGAGCUUCUCUUCGCUGCUUGCACAGUACAGAUCGUCGUUGGUGGUGCCUUCGAGCGUGGUCGCAUCCUUCCUUCUCUCAUCUUCGCUUUCUGCUGGUGCACUAUCGUCUACUGUCCCAUCGCUUGCUGGACCUGGAACGCCAAUGGUUGGCUCUUCAAGCUUCCUUCGCUUGAUUACGCUGGUGGUGGUCCCGUCCACAUUGCAAGUGGAUGGGCUGCUCUGGCCUACGCUUUGGCACUUGGCAAGAGAACAUCCAAGGAUCACCAUGCUGCCCACAAGCCCCACAACUCUACCCUCGUCUUCGUCGGUACCGUCCUCAUCGUCUUUGGUUGGUUCGGCUUCAACGGUGGUAGUGCUCUCAACGCCUCGGUCCGUGGUAUGAUGGCUGCCUUCAACACCCAGGUCGCUGCCUCCACUGGUAUCCUUGGUUGGGUCAUUGUUGAUGCCAUCCGUCAGAAGGGACGCUUCUCUGUUGUUGGUGCCUGCGAGGGUGCUAUUGCUGGUCUUGUCGGUAUCACUCCUGCUGCUGGUUACGUCAACCCUUGGUUGGCCGCAGUCAUCGGCUUCUUGACUUCAGUCGUCUGCGCCCUCCUCCAGGAUAUCAACGAAUGGCUCCGUAUUGACGAUGGUCUUUACGUCUUCAAGCUUCACGGUAUUGGUGGUAUGAUGGGUUCGUUCUUGACCGGUAUCUUUGCCAAUCAAGCCAUUUCUGCCCUUGACGGUGUCACACUCGCUCCCGGUGCAUACAACGGUAACGGUAUUCAGGUUGGCAAGCAGUUUGCCGAGAUUACUGCCAUCUCUGCCUACUCGUUUGUUGUCAGCUACGUUCUUCUCAUGAUCAUCAAGUACAUUCCUGGCAUGCACUUGCGUGUCGACAAGGAGGCUGAGAUCAGAGGUCUCGAUCUCGAUCAGUUCUUUGACGAGGAGAUGGACCACUGGGACCUCAGCCCUGCUGGCAUCGAUGUCAUGCAGUCAGGUCAGAGAGACUACACCCAUGGUGUUCCUCAAACUCGUGAGGGCUCUCUUACCCCCAACGAUACCACUCCUGUGGCUGAGAAGAAGUGA